CUCUCUUUCUCCUGCCUCCUGCCUCCUGCCUCCUGCCUCUUCCCCCGCUCCAAAAAACCCAACGCUACAACCGGAUGCAACUUCACCCUAAACAUUUGCCAGAAUACUCUUUUUCUUGCUUCCCCCCCUUUUUCUGAUUUCCCCUUCCAUCGCUUUUGUCUCAUUCCUCCUCCACCUUUCUGCUCCUCUUCUCGAGAGAAAUCUGCAAUCGCUGCGGGGAAUCCAGUUUGCAACCUUGUCUGCGCAUCUCGAGGCGAUCCGGAUUGCUUCCUCACAGAACUCGCUCCACCACGCCGCAGUCACGCUACUCGAAUAUACUACAGUAGACACUCACACACCUCAAUCGCCCGUAUCUGCCUGUCUCAACUUAACCCAUCUCCACCUCCCGAGACCGCCCAUUGCCCAUUUGGAAGGACACAGUUCCAAAACGAACGAUUCGCACAUUUGCUAAAACAACCUACCUGCAUAUUCUCUCCUCGCCCGCGAACCACAUCCCGGUCAGGAACAGCACUCGACAUAUCUCUCUCUCCCACACGCGACGUCCGAUACCAGCUAACCAUGCCUCCGCAUCCGCUGAUCUGACUUUUUUUCCCACCCCAAACCCCAUCCUGCCGCACGACAUAGCAACGCCGACUUACCCUUCAAAACUACUACCCUGGCAGCUCAUGCUGCUAUCUCGUUGUACAUAUAUUUAGCCCGUCGCGCAAUCCGCGACCUCCAGUGAAGAUGGGUUCAGGGAAGACCCCUCCUCAAGACCACUCCGGUUCAUCUCAAUCCCGCCAUCAUCCCCCAGGUGCUCGUCCCGGAGGUGCCCCCGCGGCUACUCAAUUCCCUUCCUCUCUCGCGUCCAAGAGAACCUCGCGAGACUCUAUAUCAUUUGCAUUUCCCCCGCUCUUCCAGCCCAACACGUCCUCGACAUCUCUUGUUCCCUCGACGGCUGAGGGAAAGCCGAUUCCCCUCGACGAUAGCACCGCCGCACAUCGUACUUCUGCCCUGCGCGAGCUGAACAGCAACUACCCUUCCCGCCAUCGCUACGCCAAGUCUACCGGUGCCCAGAGCAGUACAUAUUCUCAGCCCGUCAUUGUAAGAACAUACUCUGGGUCUCACAGCCGGCCCACCAGUACCAGUCGCAGUAACGGUGUAAGCGGAGGUGGUCUCGGCCCACGAACCGCCUCGUCCGUGGUGAGCGGCUCCGCAGCUUCUGUACGGCGCAUCAUAGCUCUUCGCACCACAUUCGGCGGGACCAAGUCUGCUCAGAAUGGAGGCUUGAGUAUGGCUAGAGGAAUGGCCAAGAAGCGCCUGGAGGGCCAGGAUGCCCUAGCCAAGCUCCCGCCUGUGGAGGCUUAUAGCUUCAAGAGCAUGAUGGCCAACAUUGAGGCAGAGGAGGGAGAGAAUAACAUCAACGCCGACCUCGAUCGAAUUGCCGAGAUAUGUGCCCGAUCGCGAUACUCAUUGAGUAACCAGUACGAGGUUCAUGUUGCACCUCACGGAUCCGGCGCGUCUUUCACAAGCCGCGCAUCGUCUUCCAGGCGCCAGCGCCAGAAUGCUGGUCCAACACUGGAAGCCGUUGUAUCGGAUGAAGAGCGCAGGCAUAAGAAGCGACGGAGUACUGGCCGGAGGAGAAGUAUAGCAAUGGGAACCUUGGAGACGAUUAUGUCUUCCAGUCGGUCUUCCGAGGAGGACAAGUCGAAAAAGAAGUCGGCCGCAGAGAUCACCGCCGAGGUGCGAGGCAGGGCCGCACGCAAGUCUUCAGGCAGCACGACGCCCACGUCGUCGGUCAGCGAAGGCGAGGGACAGUCAAGCAAGAAUCAGAAGGACCAGCCGCCGCCACUAGUCAGGAGGAAGUCCUCAUCAUUCGCCACGGCCAUGUUAGAGAGUACACGACAGUCCGUGGCCACCAACAAGCCUGCCUCGCCCCGAAGCUCAGCAACAGCUUUAGUCAGCGAGCCGGCUUUGCCAAAAACGUCGACAAGCCAUCUUGAAGUUCGGACGGAUGUCGACGAGAGCGUGGUGCAUCGCCAUGUCCACAAAGGAUCGGACGAAAGUCAUCGAGCCGAUACAUCUGGGCCCCAGCACCACGAGACAUCAGCCCAGCCUGAUCAGACGAAGACACCGACGGGUCUUCUGGCCGGGCUGACUGGAUGGGUGCCGUGGAGAUUGCCGCCUGUCGUGGGACUCGGCUCAGCGUCUGCUCAGGGCGGCGUGUCGCGAAGCCAUGCUGAGGGCAGCUUACGCGAAUUGCUCAAAACGGCGGAGUUCAAGAACAAGGGGAAGGGCGUCGAGGGUCAGUCAUGAGACUUCGGUGCAUCGGAUGGCAUUGCACAUUAUGGGCAGCGAGGCCCGGUUCGAUGCUGACAAGCGCGAUGCUGAGCACUUUCGAACAAAAGAAGUGACAUGACGAGGUGCUACUGGGCUUGAUCGCCUCGGUAUCAAAAAAAGGGACGGCGAGAAAUGACCAAAAAAGAGACCUGAUUCUGAUACCCACAUAUAAAGCGGAAGGCUAUACACAAAAAAUCACAGACCGGAGACGAUGACCCCGACAGAAUAGGGGUUGCGGCUCAUCAAAACUGUAAGCAGUACAACUUCGCACAACAACACGAAGAAUGAUUUGACGACUUUUACGAUACACACACACACAAGAAUGAGAGGACAUGAUAUUUUGGGGAACGGACUGGGUCAAAGAGGGAACGGUGGCUGUGUUUAAUCUAUUUUUUCAGAUUGAGAAUUGAGAUGUAAAGGCGUUCAACCCAUUUGAAGUACUGCUUGAAGCUAAGUGUGCACCAGGACGUGGUGUUGUCAGUGAUUGGAAUGACGCUUGGCAUGGCAUCUCUUACGAUGAACGUUCACUGUGCUCGUUGCCUCACUCGCACCGAGGUCGGCGAGAGUACGGAUACAGAUCGGAAACAUCACAAUGACCGUCAAAGUAUCCGCAGUGGCAAAGUUCCGUCAUCAUCAUCGUCUCCUGGUAUAUUCUUCUUUCUUACACUACGUCGACCAAAAACGUGUACCACAAUUCUCGGAACAACUAUUUUCGAAGACAACUCACCCAAGCCGUCUCGUGAUGAUGAUAAGAAGCCAAGCUUGCAGGCAAGGCCCCUCCC